AGAGAUUAGAUAGCUUAACUUACGCAUUUCUUAUCUAAAUUCUUCGCUAAGCAUUGAGCAACUACUGCAUGCGAGGUCAAUACGUGUUUAAACAUUGAAGUAACUUGGACAUUUCAGGUUUCCCGUUGUUUCUAAUCUCAUAUACGUUGUGCGGAUUUCAAGGCCUGGAUACCACGUCGCCCGAACGCAAGUUUUGGUACUUAAAUGAUCAUUUUUUGAGAGGGAUUUAUUUUGGAAAUGCUGCCAAACCAAACAGAGAAGAAAGAGCAGUUGUCAGUUCUAAAGAGCGGACGCAAUUGAGCAAGUCUUGGAUCGUAAGAAGAUAAAAAGACAACUCACUUUAGGACUCUUCUGAACGGCAGUCUUAAAGUGAUCUUCACUGCCUGUUAAGGACAAGUUGAGUAAACAUGACAUUGAGCCCAAGUCCUACUAGUUUCAUUCCUGACACCACAAGGCGAGAGGCAUUAAGAAAGGAAACAAGCGAUGUGCCGAUUCGAACAUCACUGUCACAGUCGACGAGAGAGUAUAUCUCGAUGACAAAAACUCAUCCCGUCGAUGCUCUAUAUUUCGACGGGAAAACGAUAUCAAAAAGUUCUACAAUAACUCCUUCUUCAUCUAUUUAUCAUGAGUCAAAGAUUCAGGACUCUGCAAAGCAACAUCGUGCAGGUAAGAAUUUGUCAUUGUAUUGUGUGUGCAGUCCAUGUGUCGAACAAUCUUUACAGUACGGUUAUUAAAGAUUUGUUUACUCUGGGAAAUAGGAUUCUGUACGUCAAUCAUCUCGUUGAAAGACCUCACUUACGGAAAGUUAAGUCAGCAACGAUUUUCAUCUAAAAAUGAUGCUAUAAUUAUCUUCUUUCCGGGAAUUUCUUUCAGAUUUCUUCAUUCGACAUCCUAAGUCCAUUAGCUGAAGAAUUCACAUUUGACAAAUUGAUGAAACUUCGACGCGAAAAAUCCACUGUUUUGAAGUUGACAAAUAUCAAUUGGCCGGAAGUAGAGUGGAAUCCGUAACCUUUUAAGAGAAAAAGGAAAUUUUUGGAAAUUCGAUUAGACAGAUUUAGUUUUGAAAUGGCGAAAAAUUACUUUUCUGUCAAACGUAACCAUCUGUUUUUGAGAUCAUCCGAUGAUUAAGACAAGAUUUAAGUCCUGAUUGGGUGACCUUGUGUUAAUGCUUUUUACAGAUGACUGUUCUUGUUAUUAUUAUUUUAUUUUUCAUUAUUUUGUGGCAGAACUCUGUAAAAGAGAUAAUCUGAGCGUUUUCUAUUUUAUUUUACCCCCUUACGCCCUAACAUCAACAUCUAUAUUCUCCGUACUCUUCUCUGUAUAUUUCCUUUGAUACUGACAAGGAGAAUUGGUUAAAAAAUCAAAGUUUGUUAGGGUUACGAUCAUUUUCCUAUAUUCUUCUAUCUUCCUCAGGUGUGUCUGAUGAAAUAAUAGCCGGAAGCGUGGCAGGUGGAUUGACAGUUCUGAUUUUAAUUGGUUUACUUUUGUUGGCGGUAAUUUUGAAACGGUGAGCAAUAAUUAUUUUAUCAUUGUUUUACGCCAGGUUAUUCUUCUUCCUCUUUCUCCCGGGGUCAGCGAGUUCCCCCUGUUUCAGUCCCUCCUCCGACUGGGCUGGGGCUGUAGGAACCCCUGAUUCCGAGGAUUCUACUUCACCAUUUUUUUGUAGAAAAAAUGUUCACUAUUGCAGCAACUGCUCUCAUCGUAUUACUGUUUGAUAUUGAGACUUUCCACCGCAUAUUCAGUGACUGAGGGAUUACCCAGGGAGUAGAUUCUCCAGCGAUCUUUUCCCAAGGAAGAUCAAAAAAGACCUUACGCCGGUCCAAGGGUGAUAUAGGCGCGAAGAUGAAUAUCUUCAUCUCUGUUACCCCGGAUACCCGUUGUUCUUUGACAUGCUUCCACGGUCAUCUACUCCAGGCUGUCGUAAUUUUACUUCCUCACCCUUUUACUAAACUACGAGGAUUCUCACGUUUCCGGCAAAGUCUGUGGCGCGCUUUUAAAAUUAAAAGAAGAAAAAAAACCGAAAAAAAAUUGAUGUCAGCUUGACGCGCGGGACCAUAGGGGUGACGCCUAGUCUCGUACCCAUACCUUCCACGGCCAGGCGGAAAGUUCUGGGUUCGAGAUCAAGUGACGUUUGUUUUGAAUGCGCCUCACUCCCAUAGUUCCGUGCAGCUCACCAACGUCUUGUUUUGGCUAAUUUUAUUUUACUAACGCGAUGGACUUUGCUGCAAAGGAGGGACUGCUCGUAGUCUACCCCCUUUCCUGAAAUAAUUCAUUUUCCAAACUGACCAUCUAUUGUUGAUUUCUGCUUUCAGUCGAAAAAAAGGCGGAUCAAUCGUUGCCCAAAGUAACACAGAAGCCUCCUUCGACAAUCUUGGAUUCAAUAGCGGCCGAAAAAUUUCCGAGUACAUGGAUCUGAGCGAACUGGAAUUGGUCAGAGUCAAAGUCACCAACACUGUGAAGAGAAAAAUGUCCGCUUUCACCAAGGAAAAUCAGAAAACUAAUCGGGUGUCCUGUGGUCGGUUGGACCUGGUUGAGGUCCCUGUGAACUCGCACAUUGAUGACGAUAUACUUUUGACGGCUUGGGUGUGACAGAGCAUAUAGGUUGUAGGAAAAUAAAUUUUCAAUAUAAGGAGUCUUGCGCACAAAAUUGCUUCGCUAGCUUUCCGAGAGCUAAGGUACAUAAUAAUCAUAACGGUUUCUGUUUUCCAGGUUCUGUAAUUUAGAGCUAAAAUAAAAGGUGGACAGCCUGUGUGUCAUUUGCGCGCUGCUAAGCUUAUCCAUUUUAGUCCGCGCAACAGGCCUCUCUUUUCUUUUUGCGUUGAGUCGCGUGGACGCGGGCGCGAGGCAAGCGCGAAGGCCGGUUUACGCGCGAGAGAAGGAGCGAAGUAAAAAUUUUUUUCGCGCGUGACUCACUCCUCGCACUCGCCUGAUAAAGCAAAGGAAGGCUUUGUUUUGCUUGCUGCGAAAAAUGUACAUAGGAAAACUAUGAAAAUUUAGAUCAGAGGUAAGAAUUCACAUAAUUGCGGAUGUAAAAUAUCAAGGAAAAAAGCUUUUUUUGGUUUUCCUUUGGAAACAAACAAAUUGCCACAAAAAGUGAAUAUCACCUCUUAUUUCAUUUAUUGCUUAAUCAAUGAAAAUCUUGGUAUGAAAGCUUGUUUCAAAAUAAAUAGGUCAUAGAGUUAAACACUAAUCUCUUUCACAAAUAUUCUUUAGGUUUCUCAAACAAUUAAGCAGUCUUCUUGUUUGUAAAACUAGCCAAACAUUUCUCUGCCUUUUAACAGUACAAUCAUUAGAAUUAAAUUAAAGUUUAUAACUCUCAGACAGUGCCAUAUGUGUACAUUUUGAAA